AUGAUGAAUAGCGUGAAGCUAGAAAAAGAGUGGAAAUGCUAUACCGGGAAAUACCAGAAUCUGGGCUAUUUGCGAACCAAGGCAAACCCCAUGGAACGAGCAUACAAGAGAACAGUGACAAGCAAGCUAUUCAGGGGUCUUUUCAUCAAAGCUCUCGACGAGCUGAGAAGUUUGCCCCACAUUGAUCGCAUCGCGGGGGUUUUCCGCUGUUCGAUUUCUCGCAUUCCCAUCGAUGAUGCUGAACGCAACUCGAUUCAGCGUGAUUUCGCGAGAAUGAUUAACAAGAUAACUUCCGAUGGGAAGCUAUGGCAAUCGCUCAGCGAACGUGCUCUGGAGUCUAACGAAAACAAGUCUCUCGUGUCAAUCGCGAGAGGCAUCAAGGAACGCUCCGUGGUCGAUGGGUUGGCUCAAUCUCAACUCAGGCUUCCGUUUAUCCAUGAUGCAGUUUACAAAAACUCGGUGCACGACAACAAAAUCAGCAAACGGAGUCAUCAAAAUGGGAGAGAACUUCACCGUCUUUUCGGUGCAAAACUUCAAAGCAAAAAUCCAAAGCAGCAGCAGACGCAAUUUCGGAGAAAAACGACACAACAAAAAGGGGAAAAGGCAAACUGGGUAUAG